AUACCACUUGCUUAAAUUCACAAUCAUCACUUUCAUCUUCCAUCAAGCUGCCUCAUUUUCUUUUCUCACAUCCUUUUGUAAUAAGAAAGUAGAAGUGUGUGAAUCAUGGUCAAACUUGUGCUGCCAAACUCAGGACUUGAAAACAGGAUACAAACCUAUGAGCAGCUUGAGGUCCUAGAAAAAGAAGAAGCAGGAGAAAGACCAAAAUGGGACAACAAAGCUCAGUAUAUGCUUACCUGUGUAGGUUUCUGCGUGGGACUAGGAAAUGUAUGGAGAUUUCCUUACCUUUGUCAAAGUCAUGGAGGAGGAGCAUUUAUGAUCCCCUUCCUUAUAUUGUUGGUGCUUGAAGGCAUACCAUUGCUACACCUUGAAUUUGCAAUUGGACAACGUCUGAGAAAAGGAAGUGUGGGAGUCUGGAGUACUAUUCACCCAUCACUAAAAGGAGUUGGUGUGGCAUCAAUGUUGGUUUCUUUCCUUGUUGGCUUGUAUUAUAACACCAUUAUUGCAUGGGUCAUGUGGUACUUUUUCAACUCCUUCCAAGAACCUUUGCCAUGGAGUGAAUGUCCAUUAAAUUCAAACCGAACAGGUGUAGAACUGGAAUGUGCAAAAAGCUCCCCUGUGGAUUAUUUUUGGUACAGAGAAACACUUAAUACCUCAACAUCUAUUGAAGAUUCAGGCACCCUUCAGUGGUGGCUAGUGCUAAGCUUGGCUUGUGCAUGGGGUGUUCUGUAUGUGUGCACCAUCAGAGGAAUUGAAACAACGGGAAAGGCUGUCUAUGUAACAUCAACACUUCCAUAUGUGGUUCUCACCAUUUUCCUAAUUAGAGGCCUAACAUUGAAGGGAUCAGUAAGCGGAAUUGUGUAUUUGUUCACUCCAGAUGUAUCUGAAUUGGCAAAUCCCGUUACUUGGCUGGAUGCUGGUGCCCAGGUUUUCUAUUCAUUUUCGCUUGCUUUUGGGGGACUUAUCUCAUUUUCUAGUUAUAAUUCAAUACAUAACAAUUGUGAAAAGGAUGCAGUCAUUAUCUCUAUCAUUAAUGGUUGCACAUCCAUAUAUGCUGCCACCGUUAUCUAUUCUAUCAUUGGAUUCCGUGCUACAGCACAAUAUGAUGACUGCUUGGCAAGCAACAUCCUGGCACUUAACAAUGCUUUUGAUUGGCCAGAGGGAAAUAUAACUGAGGGUAACUAUGAAUACAUGCUGAAUUAUUUUAAUCAGUCUGACCCAACUGUGGUUACAUCUCUUCAGCUUCCCAAAUGUGAUUUAGAUACCCUUCUAUCUCAGGGUGUUGAAGGAACUGGGUUAGCUUUUAUUGUAUUCACUGAGGCCAUUACAAAAAUGCCAGUUUCCCCUCUGUGGUCAGUACUGUUCUUCAUAAUGCUCUUUUGCUUGGGGCUUUCUUCCAUGUUUGGCAAUAUGGAAGGAGUAUUAGUACCAUUGAUGGAUCUGAAAUUAAUACCAAAAUCAUGGCCAAAAGAAGCUGUCACAGGUACAAUAUGUGCUGUUUCAUUUUUGAUUGCACUUAUAUUUGUGAUGAAGUCUGGAAAUUAUUGGCUGACUCUGUUUGACAGUUUUGCUGGAUCCAUACCAUUGUUGAUAAUAGCCUUUUGUGAGAUGUUUUCAGUGGUUUACAUAUAUGGAAUAAAUAGGUUUAACAAUGACAUCAAAUUCAUGAUUGGUCAUAAACCAAACAUCUUUUGGCAAGCCACUUGGAGAGUUAUCAGCCCUCUGAUUAUGCUCGUGAUAUUCAUUUUCUAUUUUGUGGUUAAAGUUUCAGAGCAACCUUUAUACAUUACUUGGGAUCCCGACUAUGCAGAAUUUCCGAAGUCAAAAGAAAUUCCUUACCCCAACUGGGUGUAUGCAAUAAUUGUAGUACUUGCUGGAGUUCCAAGUUUAGUGAUACCUGUGUUUGCACUCGUCAUAUUUGUUAGGAGAUGCAUAAAGAAGGAUGAUGACCAGCAAAACAUUAUGAAUGCUGCAUCUAUGGUGUCUAUCAAUGGUGAUGCAAAAAACAAAGUGUAAAGUUUACAUGGAGAAAAUGACUUUAUAUUGACAGUAUAUCAGUAAAAGAAAACAGAAGAACAUGUUGUAUUACUAAGAUUCUUUCAUUUUAAAACAGAGGAAUACCACAGGAGAACACAUAAUGGAACAGAAGCAUCUGUAAAGGAAUGGAAAACAACAGUUUUUCUCACACAAAAGAGAAAUGUUCAGUUUUGCAUUCAAUAAUUACAUAAACAUCUCUGCUUGCUUUACAGAGUCUUUGGACAUAAUUUAGCAAAUCUCUCUAAAAGAAUAUUGCCCUUGUUUUCCAUAGCAACCAAUCCAAGCUCAGCUCACAUUUCUUAAAGGGCAUCUGUCAGCAGAUUUGUACCUAUGAUACUGGCUGACCUGUUACAUGUGCAAUUGGCAGCUGAAGGCAUCUGUGUUGGUCCCAUGUUAUUUUCCCUUAUUGCUGAGAAAUAUAUGCUAGAAAAAAGAAGCACACAUAGGGAGGACCACCGAGAACUUCACAAGUAGAUAAGGCGCUCAUCUGAAACAGUUGUGUUAGAGUUAGAGGCACAACACCUGCUAAGCGUAUCUGUAAAAACCACCGCAGCUGCUGCUCACACUGUCGCAAUCAGAGAACUGACCAAGUGCACUAUCCAGGGAAAUGUAUGAAAAAAGGUAGCACUGCACGUCUCGGCGGAUCAGAAGAACCGGAGUUGGUUAGGUGAGCUUAGGAGUUCUUUAUUGGCAGCAAUAACUCAUUGGCUGUACCGGCCUUAGUCAGAUUCAAACUAUCCUUACAAUUUACUACACUGAUUUAAAACCUGAUUGCUGAAAAAUAUGAUGUUUUAAUAUAUGCAAAUAAACCUAUAGGAGCAAUCGGGUGAUGCCAUUAUAUCUAGAGGCUCAGCUCUCUCUGCAACAAAUGCACCCACUUCACUUUGACAGGGCCAGGCAGUGUAAAUCAUAUCUGGCCCUGUCAAUCAAAGGGCAGAAAAUGCAGCAGUUACAGAGAGAGCAGA